AUGGGGUGGGCCUUGUCUUCAUCUUCUUCUUCCCUUCGCAGCUCCUCUUGGGGCGGUCCCCUCUGGGAGAAACGUGUCCGAUCCUCCAACCGUGAUCUCUCUGUUCUCGUUACCGGUGCCGCCGGUUUCGUGGGUACGCACGUCUCCUCCGCUCUGAAACGCCGCGGGGACGGAGUUGUAGGCCUGGAGCGGAGCGGAGUGUUCGUGGUGGAAGGAGACAUCAACUCGACGCUUCCCCUCCUCAAGAAACUCGUCGAGCUCGUCCCUUUCACUCACGUCAUGCAUCUCGCUGCUCAAGCCGGCGUCAGAUACGCCAUGGACAACCCUUCCUCCUACGUUCACAGUAAAGCCGAAGAGAUUGCUCACACUUACAACCACAUCUACGGCCUCUCCCUCACCGCCCUCAGGUUUCUUACCGUCUACGGUCCUUGGGGAAGACCUGACAUGGCUUAUUUCUUCUUCACCAGAGACAUCCUCAGAGGCAAACCUAUUUCCAUCUUCCAAGGCGAGAAGAACACAGGAAGCGGUGGUAAGAAGCGUGGUCCCGCUCAGUUAAGGGUUCCAGUGUCUGAUCUGGUAGAGAGAUUGUUGAAAGUCAAGGCCAAGCGGAACAUGAUGAAGCUGCCUAGGAAGAGGAACGGUGAUGCGCAGUUCACGCAUGCUAACAUUAGUUGGGCUCAACGAGAGCUUGGGUACAAGCCCACCACGGAUCUUUUCCUUAAUAGUAGAGCAUCCUUGUGUUAUAACUCGCAAUUUGACACACAUAAAAGAAGAAACAUUCGAGAUUAUUAUUACGUAUGUAUUCUUUCGGCGAUCAACAUUGUAUGUUGUUAUUAUGGAAUCUUUCGAGUAUUUUUUGCAUCUCUCGUGUAAUUUAUAUAAAAUUAGUUUUCUGAUUUGGAUUCCUUAUAGCUCAAUUUCAAUUAAAAAAAAAAAUUAGAGAUAACAUUUUAUACGAAUAUAACAUCUCUAAAAUAAAUAAAAUUAAGAUUCUUAAUCCUGAAAUUUCUCUCCAUAAUACAACCAAAUGGUGGCAGAAAAGCUAAUGAGAGUUGUCCGAGACCCAACCGGAGACCAUUCCCUCGUCAGGGGGCUUGAGACCACCACAGGAUCUGGCGACAGAUUCAAAGAGUUUCUCAAUC